ACGGCAAUAAAACAACAAUGUCGUUCACAUAAACAGUGCCGAAUGUUAUUGGUGUCUCGCGGGAUACAUUUCCGAUAAGAAUAUGUAGCGAUUCACCACGAAUAUUUUUAUUUAUCGUAAAAAUAAGUGCCAACAAGGAAAAUGGCCGUCGAAAGUUCUCUCACAAUGACGUCAGCAUUGUGCGUCUUCUCUGGAAGUCGUGAGUUUAUUUUUCUGGAUCGCUUUAGUAUCCAUCUCUCGUAUAGAUGGAGGAAGCGGAGGCUGGAAAGAGCGAGGAGGCGCACUCACGGGCACUUCUUGAUAUCGGUGCAACGGGAGGCUUUUACAAUAAGCUUCUGAUAAAUCCAAAAUACAGCAAUAAACAAGGAGCAAAUUCACCAAUUGCCAGAAUGCCCAGAAGCAACAUCCUGGACAGAGUACAGAACUUUCUACCUCAGUUGGCUCAGGCCAAUGAAAAUCUUAGUAAGGAAAUAGAAUCUUCACCAGCUGGCACUUUUGACAUAGAAAACGUUGAUGAGAAGGAAGAAAAUAUAAUUGAAAUGAAUGUGGCCCUGGUAGAACUCAGCAGUUCUGAUUCCAGUGAAGAUGAAGAAAAAACCAGCUCAGAUGAAAGCUCUGAUACAGACCUCAGAGAAGAAGUUACUGAAGACAAUAUGAGAUUGAGAAAAACUGAAAAGAAGGGCAAAAUACAAGUUUUAGAGGAUUAAUGUUUAUGUUAAUUGUUUUCCUUUCACUAUACAUAAACCGCUUCAUAAACUUCAUCCACUUUUUGUACUGAUCCUUGCAAAAACUUUCUAGCAUUUCAAAAUGUUAACAUUUCAAUACUGAAAUGAAUGCCUGCUUUUUAUAAAAGUAUGCUGUGCAUAUAUUUCUUUUUCCAUUUAUUGUGACAAAUGUCUAUACAAUAUACAUCAAUAAAUAUUAACAAAUGCUA